CCAUCCGACACCCGAGGACCAUCACCUUCACCUCGCCAACUCCUUCAAGAUGGUCCGUUACGCCGCCCAGGAGAUUCCGGCCGCGAAGAGCGCCCGCGCGCGGGGCUCUUACCUGCGUGUCAGCUUCAAGAACACCCGUGAGACCGCUCAGGCCAUCAACGGCAUGAAGCUCCAGAAGGCUUUGACCUACCUCGAGAACGUCACCAAGAAGUCCAUGGCCGUUCCCAUGCGCCGCUAUGCCGGUUCCACUGGCCGCACCGCCCAGGGCAAGCAGUUCGGUGUCUCCAAGGCCCGCUGGCCCGUCAAGUCCGCCGAGUUCCUGAUUGACCUCCUCAAGAACGCCGAGGCCAACGCCGACACCAAGGGUCUCGACACCGGUGCCCUGGUCGUCAAGCGCAUUCAGGUCAACCAGGCCCCCAAGGGUCGCCGCCGCACUUACCGUGCUCACGGUCGUAUCAACCCCUACAUGACCAACCCCUGCCACAUCGAGCUCAUCCUCACUGAGGCCGAUGAGGAGGUCGCCAAGGCCCAGACUGUCGCCAAGUCUUCCCGUCUGUCUUCCCGCCAGCGCGGCGCUGAGAUCCGCCGUGCCAUCACUGAGGCUUAA